AAAGUUCCGAGAUUCAUCAAUUUUUUUGAAUACCGCGCGGUGAAUGCAAUUUGAGAGCCAGAAUACUUCACAGGAUAAGAGCAUCAAGAGGUAUAUACGCAUUUACCCCAGUCUGGGUGUGUUGGCUGCAGGUUGAGCAGGCACCCAGUAAUGUCACAAUCACUUCCUGCAUGUUGAUAAAAUAAACUUGUACCGGCGUUCGCUUGGAGGAGAGCCAAUCACAGCUCGAGAUUCUCCCCCAAGUGGCCAAUGGGAGCGCCGGGCACCAGCCAAUGGGAGCGGUGCGGCUCUCCAUAUGAAGAAAUGGCGGGUGUGGAGUGAGCACUGAGCUGGUUUCGAGUGUGUUUUUUACGCGAUUAUUGCUGACAUAGGGAGAGAUUCACCAAGUAUGGCCACCCACAGCAAAGGUAAUGGACUCUAGCACUACUGCAUGCACAUAUAAGGUGCAGGGGACGGCUGCCAUGAUGCACAGGAGAUGGAUGAGCAGCGGCGUAAGAAUGUGUCUUACCAGUACUUGUGCCACCUGGAGGAGGCCAAGAAAUGGAUGGAAGCUUGCAUUGAAGAAGAGUUGCCCGAGGCUGGGGAGCUUGAGGAACAGUUGCGCCAUGGUGUCUACCUGGCCAAACUGGCACACUUCUUUGCCCCAGAGACAGUGCCGCUGCGACGGAUAUAUGAUGCUGACCUGAACCGCUACAACACCAGUGGUCUGACCUUCCGACACACAGACAACAUCAACUACUUUCUCAAGGCCUUGGAGAAGAUCAAGUUGCCCAGUAUCUUCUAUCCAGAGACAACAGACGUGUAUGACCGCAAGAACAUGCCUCGGGUGGUGUUCUGCCUCCACGCCCUCAGCCUCUACCUCUUCCGCCUGGGCAUUGCACCACAGAUCCAAAACCUCUAUGGGAAGGUCAAUUUCUCAGAGGAGGUGAUGGAGGCCAUGAUGAAGGAGCUAGGGAAGUAUGGCUGUCCAUUGCCACAGUUUGGAAAAAUUGGAGGCAUCUUAGCCUCUGAGCUGCCUGUGGAUGAAGCAGCACUGCAUGCUGUGGUGAUUGCUGUGAAUGAUGCUGUGGAGAAAGAGGACUGCUCAGAACUCCUGGUGACCUUGAGCAACCCUGUGUGCCACCUCCAGAAUGUGUGUGAGGCCAAUGUAACCUCUUAUCUACAGUGCCUUGCAGAGGCCAAGGCCAGGAAGAGAGAGAUGGCCAUCAAUAAGAGUCGUGACCAAGACUACAUUCCUGAUGCCUAUGAUGAGCUGCUGACUCAGGCUGAGAUUCAAGGCCACAUCAACCAUGUAAAUGUGUGUUGUGCACUGGAGAUAGUGGAGGAUGCUGUGAGAGAGGGAAGCACUGCAGAAUUGUUGCAGGCCCUCUGCACUCCAGCCCUUGCUCUGAAGGAGGUGGAGAGCAGCCUCGGGGACAGGUAUCUGAAUGCAUUGGCUCAGGAGCUUGAAGAACCUUCCCACAUGCAGACCAUGAACCACAGCCACAACUACAGCCUCAACACUUCCAUGCUGCCAACCACCUGCCUCACCAGGACUUCCCUUCAGACAAUCCUCUCAGCUGUCCGGAGGGAGGCUGCUGCUGCUGAGAGAGAACUGAAAGAAGGUGUGGCAGCAGUCAACAGAUGCCUGAGCUGUGAGGUGCCAGGAAACACCUUGCUGGCUCUGAAAUCACUUGGGGACAACAUUCCAUCACUGCUGGACUUUGCUGCUCCACUCUACCAUGAGGAAAUGGCUGCCAUCCGCCAAGAUGCACAGGCUGACCUGAGCCUUGAAGAAAUCCGGGGAGGAGUGCGCCUACUGUCAGCUGUGGCCAGGGCUAAUGCUGCUCUCAGCACUCACAGUCCUGGUGAGCUGUGGUUGUACCUCUCUGACCCUCAAAUAUACCUGGAGGGCCUGGACGAAAGCAAUCUGCAGGAGUAUUUCACAGCCAUGAACAGAGUCCAGCAGGCCAAAGUGUCCUCCAGUGACCCUUGCCCUUUCCUUACUUAUGUGGAGCUCCAGCAGCUGGUUGAUGAAGUGAACCUCAAGGUGCAGGAGGACAAUAACAAGGUGAGGGCUAUAGCAGCAGUUAACACAGCAGUGAGCAGUGGCGGCUCAGAAGACACCCUCAUUGCCCUCCAGCACUCGUCCCUUCAGCUUGGCUCUGUGGCUCCCAAGGAUGCCCUUCAUCACUUCCAAUUGUUGAAGCUGUUGAGGAGUGCUAAGAGUGAGAUGAUGGGGAGCAAUGCAGCAGAGCUGUGGCUGGAGGACAUCGUGGAGGUGGUGGAGGCAGUGGAGAGGCAUGCAGAGGAGGCUGGGCGGGCAGCUGGAUUGCUGGCUGCUCUCAAUGGAUCUCUUGCCUCAGCCAAUGACAAGACUGUUGUGUCCAUCCUCAGAGCUCAGGAUUUGUCCUACCUCCACAUCAAGAGCAGCACCAUCCCUAGCAUUCUAGAUACUCUGAAGCAAGUGUUUCAGAAGAAAUCAGCCAAUAAAAACAAGUGCCCUUGGGUGCCUCAUACCCUUAAUGAUGGUUCCAAGGUGUACCUUGAUCUGCAUCAUGGUGACUACCAGUGGGAGCAGCCAAAGGAAGUUGCAAGUCCCAAGAAGAGCUGCUUUGUGACACUGGGUGACUUGGAGGAGGCAGUGUCCAAGGCAGCACACCAGGAGGCUCACAGCAAACAGUUGGACCACUUGGUGGUGAGGCUGCAGGCGAGGGCGCGGGGUUGGCUCACCAGACGCAGGCUGUACAGGAGGCAGAAGGCUGCAGUUACCAUCCAGGCAUGGUGGAAAAUGGUCCAGGCUCGACGCACAUACACACACUACCGCCAGGCUCUGAGGCUGAGUGAGCCCUAUGUGAUAAAGCUGCAAAGGGCAGUGAAAGCUUGGCUCCACCGCAGGAGACUGAGGCGCCUCCACACCCACUUCUGCAACCAUGUGAACCAAGUGAUCAUCAUCCAGCGUGCCUGGAGAGCCCACAAGGCCAGGCUGGACCUCCGCUCCAUCACCCACCAGGAGAAUCCACCUAUGCCAGUCAUCCGCAAGUUCAUCCACCUUCUUGAUGUUUCUCCGGGUGAUUUGGAUGAAGAAUUCCGGUUGCAGCGGAUCAAGAGUGACAUGGUGAAGACAAUCCGUCACACCCACCAGCUGGAGAGGGAUGUGGAUGAGCUGGAUGUUAAGAUUGGUCUUCUAGUACACAAUCGCAUCACUCUGCAGGAUGUUCUCCCAGCUGACAAGGAAAACAUGAACCCAAAUGUUCCAGAUGCCAAACCAAAGAAAAGCAAGAAAAAUUCCAAAGAUACACUGAAAUAUGGCUCAGUCAGGUCUCAGAAAGGACUAAAGGCCCUGAACAAGGAGUCCAGAGAAAAGCUGCUUGGCUACCAGCACCUCUUCUACCUGCUGCAGACACAGCCCCACUACUUAGCUACCCUCAUCUUUGCCAUACCACCAGGCAAGACCACCAAAUUCAUUGAAAAUGUCAUUUUUACUCUCUACAAUUAUGGUGCAAAUGACCGGGACAACUUUCUCCUCCUGAAGUUACUCAAGACAGCACUGGAAGAAGAGAUCAGGUGUAAGGUGCUACGUCUGAGUGACAUCGUAUCAGGCAACCCCUUGGUGGUUAAGAUGAUCGUGUCCUUCAACCGGAGAGGUGCUGGGCAGGUCUCCCUGAGAGAUAUGCUUGGACCUCUCAUACGUAAGGUUCUCACUAACAGCAACAUGCAAAUCAAUACAAAUCCAGUUGAAAUUUACAAGACUUGGGUCAAUCAGCUGGAGAUGAACUCGGGACAGACCAGCGGUCUGCCUUACUCCGUCAACCAGGAGCAGGCCUUACAGUAUCCUGAGGUGCAAAAGAGGCUGAUCCUGGCAAUCACCACUCUAAAAGAAGUCACACAGGCUUUCUGUGACCAGAUCACGUCCAGCAGGGACCUGAUUCCUUAUGCCAUGCUGUACAUGGCACGGGUGAUGCGCUGUGCCCUGCAGAGAAGGUUUCCACACAUCCCUGAGAAGGAGAUACUCAAGGUGGUGGGCAACUUGGUGUACUACCGCUACAUUAACUCGGCCAUUGUGGCACCUGAUGCCUUUGACAUUGUGACUGUCUCUCCCGAUGAAAAGCUGAACAACAAUCAGAGGCGCAAUCUUGCUAGCAUUGCCAAAAUUCUACAGUUUGCUGCUUCAAAGAAGGGCUUUGGGGAUGAGGCAUCCCAUCUCAAGUGCCUCAACCCCUUCAUUGUGGAGUGCCAUGAGAAGUUCAAAGAUUUCUUCCGGCGGUGCUGUGAAGUGGAGGAGCCUGAGGUGGUGUACAAUGUAACCCAGUACUCUGAGGCAACACUCAUCGUCAAGCCUACCAUCUACAUCACUGUGCAGGAAAUUUGUGAGACACACCAGUUGCUGCUGGACUACAAAGAAAUUCUGGCACCAGACAAUGGGGACUCCCUCCACCAGGUGCUGGCCGAGCUGGGGGAGCGGCCGUCUGUGCAGACACUGAUAGGGGAGGCCAUUGAGUCUGGCACAGGAACACAGGGGAGGAUGGAGGUGUGUUUGGCCCUCACCAGUAAAUUUGACAUGAGCCAGACUGCUGAGGACAAGGACCCCAAGGAUGGCAACAAGCUCUUCAACAGGACCAAACAGCUGCUGGUGGAUGUCAUACGCUGUGUGGAAGGGAAUGUCAUUGGGGAGUUGGUGGCUGGUCCAACACGUAGCCCUGAUGAGGAGAAGUACCGGGCCAUUGUACUGACGAGGGCACAGCAGGAGCACCAGGCUAAGCUGAACCACACAGCACUCAAUCGCUCUCCAUCUUUCCUCGCUGAGACUAGAGUGAGUCUGCAUGAAGUGAAGACUCGGCUGAGUCACAACCUGCGGCGCCUGGAGAACCAGGGGCUGGCCUCACGUGCUGACAAUUAUCAGAGCCUCCUGAACGCCAUUGCUGCAAACAUUGUGAACCAGCGCCAACACCGGAUAUCCAGGAAGAUGGAACUCCAGAGGUUACUGAUGACAUCCAACCAACUGGAAGAAAAAGAGACAUUCUACAAGGAUCAGCUGCAGUCCUACCAGACCUACCUCAAGACCUGCCUUUCAAACAUUGCUGCAAGGAACAAAAAUGUGCAUCAGAACCUGCAUGGAAGCAAGAACCGCAACAAGCAGGCCUUGAGGUACACUGCUGCCAGACUCAUGGAGAAAGGUGUACUGCUGGAGGUGGAGGACCUACCUGAAAGUCAGCAGAAGAACCUCCUGUUUGAAAUUACUCCGCUGGCCACCACAGGAGUGUUCCACAUCCAGGCCAAGCUGAUGGGUGUCACAAUGGAGAAUGUGGAGAUUGACAUUCAGGAACUGCUCCAGCUGCAGUAUGAGGGCAUGAGCGUGAAGAAGAUGUUUUCCAAGGUGAAGGUGAAUGUAAAUUUAUUACUGCAUCUCCUUAACACCAAGUUCUAUUCCAAGAAGAAGUAAGGUGACUGCAACCACACAUUAGGUUCCCAGGCAGCCUCACUUAUGGGAGAUUUUUUUCAUGCCCUGAAGAUUUCUUGUUUUCUGUUUAUUUUCACCAUUUGAAUAUCACUUCAUAUGUACAUAUUUCUUGACUUCUCCAACUGUUUUUUUGUUUAUAUAUUUAUCUGUGAAUCAUAUUUUCUCUGCAUGUACAUUUACUUCUAUAUAUUUCAUCAUUAUUGCCUUCCAGCUUCUGUCGUAGUGCAAAUUAUGUUGCCAAGCAGAGCGACUUCUUUGUUGCUGAUGCAAUGAAAAGUUAACUUUAGUCAUUUUGAUUUGACGAUAAUAUAUUUAAAUCUUUUUAGUCUUACCUCACAUAUACCAGUUACCUAUUUGUUUUCAUAUGCUUGAUUUUCUUGCACCUGAUUUCCACACAUUUAGUAUAAGUUUAGUGUGGUAGGCUGUACUUCAGACACAUAGUAUUCGUAAACUUACUAACUACUCAUAUACACAGUGGUGCUAUUAUUUGUAGGAUUAACUUUAAAUGAAUGUGGAGUUACUGGUUUGGAAGUUGCAGUUGUGGCUCCUAGGAAUGUUGUCUUGUGCCAUAAUGCCAGGAGGAGCAAACAUCAAGAUUGAGGAUGAAACUUUGCUGUCCAUGAAUUACCAAGUCUAUGUAUUGCAUCUUUGUUAAUCCCUUUACUACAAUGGCACAAGUAGCUCUUCAUCACCUGUAUAGUCUUAAGGUGCAGCACUGGAUGCACCCUGUACAAUAUUUGAGAGGUAGUCCAUCUCACUCUGCCUCACAGACAAGCAACCUGAUAUUUGUGUGGCUCCAUUUCAGUUCCAUCAUUCCAAUCCUUUUGUUUAGUUGCCAGUCUGAAGAUGGAAAGAAAUGUACCAUGGCAACUUUCUCCUAUGGGAUGUCAGACUGUGAUCACUUCUGUCUGUCAGUCUCCCUUAGUUUCCCACACUUAACUGACUGCCAUGUGCUAGCAGUUUGACACUUCUAUUCAUUGCCACAUACAUUGUCCACUUGUCUUAGUAAAGGGGUUCAACAUUAAGUACUUUGUUUAAAAGUCACACUGCAUUGAGAUAUUUGUUGCUGCAGAAACUGAUACACUCUUGUAUAGGAUUGAAAAGUCUCACCUUGGAUUUUUAAUGGAGGAUCAGUCUUGUAUGAUGAAUUUCAAGUGUAUGUACAUCCAUCUUGCUUAUUUAGUAAAGGCUGGAUUUUUUACUAUUCUCAUUGUUCUAUGCUUUUCUUAUUAUGAGUCUCAUCACAUGUCGUUGUCUUUCUCAUUAAUUUCUGGACUAUAGCAGAAAUGUGGACUUCUUGCCUUUAAGGAAAAGUGAGUGGGGAGGAGUCCACUCUAGUGCUCUCUUUUCUUGGUCCCAUUUUUUAUGGUAGUCAUAUUUGAUGUGAUAAACCUUUCAUUUGGCUCGACUCAAUUGUGUUAUCUUCCAGCACUUCAUCAGACAAGAUUGGUAGGAUUAGGUAGUGUGAAAAGUAAGGACACUGCAUCAUGACAAGUUAUGCUAUCCUUUACAGUACUUAGUCUUUUACUGUUCUUGGAGGCAUUAUUAGCCAUAUCCAAAUUACAGCUACAUUCUUUUGUACCUGUUUGAAGUUUGAAGAUGAUAGUUUAGUGUUUCUUACAGAGCAAAGAAGUAUCUCAGAAUCCACAUAGAUUUUGGGAAUACAUAUUUACAUAUUUAAGGUCUAAUUCUUAAGUUGUAACUUGCAGAAACAUCCAUGUUGUGGAAAUGAACUGGAACUCAAUAACAGUAACAUAUUUUUAGCUUGUUUUCUACUUUUAUAUGAAGUAUUUGAUAGAAGACAGAAACUUAUUGUGGCUGAGCUCUAGCAGGCUGAGUGAAGGUUUGGUGUCUGAUUCUUUCACCAAAACUCAGUUUGUAAACAUGAUGAGAAGCACAUUCUCUGGUUUUAGUUGUGUUUAAUAGGUGUCACAAAGCAUCUACACCAUUGUAUAAUUGUUUAGCUCCUGAUUUUUUAAAUUUAAUUUUUAUGAAACAAAACUACUAUUUACUCUAUAUUACUGGUAUAUAUUUUAAGCAUAAUGUUUAUGUACAACUGAAUAUUUAUAUAACUACAAAAA